CAGAAUUUCCUCCUCUGUUAAUGGAAACUGCUCUGAAUGGGUGACUCACAGAGAUGUGAGCCUCACAAAGCAAACUAUUUACAUCCUCAAAUGAGCUUUGUGACAGAUCACCUACACAGCACAUAUGCGUAGACAGAGUAGGGAUGUGUUGCUGUAAUGGAAGUGUAUGAUGAAUCAAAAAGCAGCAGCACUUCAUGGAUUCUAACCUCCACAUGGGCUGUUUCUUUGCAUGCAGCUCACUCCACAGCCUUCAAAGAACACACAAGAUUCAAGAAUUCUACAAGCCAAAGGGAGCAAGUCAACAAGAAGUGCUAGAGAUAGCCCAAAGAAAUCUAUACAUCAAGCUAGACUGAAAUGUCUUUUAAUCAUCACUAGACCUGUACCAAGUAAAACUUUGGGGCAAGAGAGCUUACCUCUGAAACGCCAGGGAAGCGGCUUGGUCUGCAGAACAGGAACGUGCACUGUCCCCCUAAUGACAGGCUGCCAAAUCCAAAAUGAAACAGCAUCAGUGUCAGUAACUCAUGUAAGAAAAGCACCAGGUAAAAGUAACAACAGUUACGGGGAGGCAGAUGAAGGUGGUUUCUGAGCUCUAACAGAAAGACUUUUAGAAGGGUUUACUUACAGACAAAAUCUGCUGUGAAAGAAUUGGCUGCAAGAAAGAACCAGUAUCCCUGGGCGUUUGGAUUUGUGAGUGAUUCUGACAGCAGAAACCAAUAAGAGCUUUCCUGACCCUUAUCAGGAGAGCCUGAGGGCAGGGUCCAGCCUUCUUCUAACAGAGGAUUACUUCAGGACCCCUGCACAGACCUGUCUACCUUGAUAUUUUUAAUCCUCUCUCAGGGAGAAGAAACCACUGCAUAUUUGCUGCACUCUGCAGCAGACAGCAGUUUACCAGCUGUGGUAAGUCUGGUUGAUUUAAGCAAAUGUUUGGGUUCCUAAGUUUCAUUUUUCUUCCGAAGACCUAGUCUCUACAGGUUGGGAAGCCAGCACACCAAGAAGAAGUACUGUCUCCAGGUCUGCAGACACUUGCAGACCUCACUGGCCUUUGCAUCAGGUUUUAGAUGUGGUCUUCAGUCUUCCUUGUGGUGCAGGUGAUUUUCUUCUCUAUACUUACCUGGAGACAUGAAUGACACCUGUACCAACAGCAGUAUCAACCCCAGAGUAGAACUGUUCCAGCUGAUCAUGUACACUCCCACAUUUAUCCUGGGAUUGCUGUUCAAUGUGAUGGCCCUCUCGUUGCUAUUUUUUCCAGCUAAAAAGCUGUCAGAAUCUACAGUCUACCUGAUAGCCCUUAUUUUCCUGGAUACUUUGCUGCUGUUCACUCUUCCUUUUAAAAUAGUUUCCUAUCACCUCCAGAACAACUGGAAAUUCGGGUCCAUGUUUUGUUCCAUCUUGGAGAGUCUUUACUUUAUAAAUAUGUAUGGCAGCAUCCUCAUCUCCCUCUGCAUCUGCGUUGACCGCUACAUCGCAAUCCAGCACCCUUUCAUGGCCCCUGCCCUGCGCUCCACCAAGAAGGCUGCUCUGGUCUGUGCUGUCAUCUGCCUGGGCAUCUCGGCUGGGACUGUGUCUACUUCCCAGUUUCAUGAGGAGAGCUACAACAUCUCGUCCUGCUUCUACAACUUCUCCAAAAGCACGUGGGAAAACACAGGCCUGAUAAUCACCCUGGAGCUGAUCUUCUUUGGCAGCAUGGUGGCCAUGGCCUUCUGCACCAUUCAGAUCAUCAGGUGUCUGAGAAAUCACAGAAAAUCAGGGAACACCCAGACACAUAUGACCAGAGCAGAGAAGGUAGUAGUGACAAACUUUGUCACGCUUUUGGUCUGUUUCACACCUUACCAUGUGACGUUCUUCCUGUACUUUUUGGUGAGAAAUGGCAUCAUGCACAUCCCUUGUCACACUGUGCUACGGGACAUCCUUCAUGUCACCCUUUGCUGGGCUAAUCUGAACUGCUGUCUGGAUGCGGUCUGUUAUUAUUUUGUUUUAAAGGAGUCUGCAGAAGGUUCGUUGCAAAACAAAGUGAGAAAGCACCAAGAGGAAAGAUUUGAUCCACACACUGAACGUUAGUUACUUUACCCAGCAAGAGGAGAUGCUAUCAUGAAAAGUGCAGGACCUUGAACUACUUUUCUAAACCAUUUACUUUAAAUACUCAGAUGUGAAAAUAUGUCAUAAAAAGAACAGAACUAAGCCUAUUUUCAGGGCUCCUAGCUUGCUUCCCUUCCACAAUGCUUUGUGCUGUCAUUUAUGGAUAAAAAGAAUCGAAAUUAUUUCUUGUAAAUAGCGAUGCAUAUCUCUUGGGAUGUGAUUCCCUUUUACUUUGGGAAGAAAAAAAAAAAAAAAAGUAUUUACUUACAAAUGGUAGCAUUUUUCACUUCAAUGUCCUCACCACACCUGCAGUCCUCCAGACCUUCAGUCACUACAGCCCUGGGCUGCAAAGAAGCAGAGACAUGGAGUUUAUGGCAAAAAGCUUCAGAUGAAAUCCUGUUGCCCCUACUGCCCUGAUCAUACAUUGUGUUAUAGACUGAGUUCCAGAUUUCCCUGCCAGCUCUUUUUACAGGCUUUUCACAUACUGGUUCCUUCCUGGUUGGAACUACAAAAGCAGUUUCAUGCACAGAGCCAAACCAAACAAGACAUUCAAUAAAAAAGCCUGAGCCCAGCGCAGCAGAGAACAGAUGACAACCCCCCCAUUCACAGGGAAGUAAGGUAAAAGCCCCAAAGCAGCAACCAGCACCAUAGGACCUCAAACGACUUUUUGUACCUUGGAAGAAGAUGAGCGCUAUCACUUCCCAAACAAACGAGGCAAUAAAAAAAUCCACUGACAGAAGCCUCACAUACCAAUCAGUUACUUUCUUAUCAGUGCUCACAGGCAUCCAGAUAGCCUGCAUUUGUCAUUGGUGGUCCCAAUGAGAGAGGGACUGAGAGAGGCAACGCAGUGCCCUGAGUACACUGCUGCCUCCAGCACUGCUCUGUAGCAGCCAGUCCCUUUGCCAGGGUUGAGAAUGAUGACAACUGAAGCAGUUAGUGUUCAUAUUCACGUAGAGCUGGAUCCUUGCAGUAUUAUCUCCCAGACAGGGAUACUAAUUCCAGCCUCUCCACUGACUUUUCUCUGUACAUUUGUGAGAAGGAUUAUGCAUAAAACCAAGAACUGACUUCCUCUUGAGCUCCACUUUGCAUGUGGAGAAAGUGAAAGUUUAUGAUGUUGCCACAUCUUUGUACGAGAUCUACACUGAAGAAGUGCAGUUGCUGAAGAAGGAAAUGCAAGCCUGAUGCGGACAUCAGUAUCUUCCAUUUCCUCCCUCAGUAAAUUCAGAAAAUCUAGCUAGCUUCCCUGCCAGCAGACAGCAGAUCCUCAUCGCCUCCUUGUUCACAGCUUGCCCUUAGCUGCACUGCAAUAGACACAGAGGUUUUAUCACUGAGAUUUCAGACUUUUUUUUGGAAACGUGGUUUAUGUAUAACAGAAGAAAGCAUUGCUGGUGCAGAAGACUUAGCAGCGGUUAAAAUGGACACCAAAGGGGUUGUUGACUUUAACCAAUAACGCCUGAAUAUAGGAACAGAGAUUGUAUCAGUUCCUCACAAGGCAAAAAAUGCCUUAGUAUAAUGGGAAACUGAUUUCAAUUGCAUUUCUGCAGCACGAGGCAGCUCCUCCUCCCAGAGAAGGAGUGUGAAAUAGUUUAUUUUGCUUUGCAAGUGGAGUGCUGCAAUGGGCACAGGCAGAAAUCACACUCCAUUCAGCAAAGCUGCUGCAUACUCUCUUACUGACCGCAUUUACUGGUGAUAGUGAUGUUAUCAGAUAAAGUGCUGUAAAGAUACAGAAAUGACACCACACAGUGACAGGAGCACUCCCAUUGCUGACCUUGCUGUGACAGAGUCAGAGGGACACACGGCCCUGGACACAUCUGGUAUUGGUGGGAGGAUGCUCUGCCUCUCACACCUGACCUCUGCAGCCUUCUCCUGGAUUUGCAACUGAGCAGUGUGCAGCAGUACAAUUCAGUUGAGUGCAGCAGCUUGCCUUGCUCAGCUUCAGAGUGAAGGGGAACUGAUUUCUCUAGAAAGGCAAAGGCUUUUCCCUCCACUGAGAAACUUCUAGCAAUAGACUCCAAUGACUCCCUGUAUUUUAGAUACUGUGAAAGGCAAAGCACACCUACAACAUCUCUGUUUAUCCAUCAUCUCAUCUCACUUAUUCUCCUUACUCCAAUUUUUGUACAUUGCUGCUUCAAAAGGGUGACAUUUACCACAUUUUCUAACAUGACAAAACAGUUGCUGUUAAGAAUCCAAACAGCUGUUCUAUGAAGGAUCACAAACAUUUCCCAAGAAGAACACCAAAGAAUGUAAAAUUUUAUGUCUGCUAUAUACCACAGAUUUCUAUUAAUCCUUGUCUCCGUUCCAAAAGAUUAAGCUGGUUUUAUACCUGUGAGCAAAUAUUAGCAGUUUAGAGUUCUGAACGUGGCCAGUCAGUUGUUCACCUGAAACUAAGCAUUACAAACCCAGGAAAUCCAGGUUAGACUGCACUUCAGAACACAUCAAUGCAAUCCUGACCAUUCCCUGUUAAUUAUUAACUUUGUGAUAACAAAACCAUCUCCCCGAGUGACACCUAACCCAGGCCCACUUGGCCAGCCAGUGUCUGAGACAAUGAAGGGCAGUAUUUGAAUUAGGUUUAUGCAUGAGAAGUUUCAGACAGCAGAGACCAGUCUGACUUCAGCUGUGCUAAUAGGCUUGAAAACAUCCCAACUAGAAGGGGGCAGAAACAAAUGAAUGGGACUGUCUGCAAACCAGACCUAGUGGAGCUGUAAAGCCCUGUGGAUAGGUUUGUUUCCCUCAUGCAGAGUGAAAUAAGUUAGUAUUAAUAAUGAAUGUGUUUAUGCAGGCCAUUUUAUAUAAGUAGAGAGAAAGCAAAAGAGGCUGAGCUCUGAAGUACACAUCCUUGAUCUGACCUCAGGCUCUUGCAGAAACUCCUGCCUGCAUCUACCCAGCGAGGGUCAUGGGGCAGAGCCCUGCUGCACAGUGAGACAUGCUCACUGCCACUUGAGAUGCUCUGGGGUGCCCCACUCAAUCACCCAUUCCAAGUUAAAUGGGGAUGGGCUCUACUGGGCUUUUCUCACUUCUCACUGCCCCUCACUGCUAGCCUGCCACAAACCUCCAACCCCUUAGGCCAUCACACACAGCACAAGGACUCCUAAAUCCUAUCCUACUCACUGAACUUCAGGUUGUGUAGCUUGCAGAUCAAGGCAGCCAGACUCCCAUAUCGAGAACUAACUUAUUUGCUUCAGGUGAAGGGGCUGUUUUUCUAGAAUUCAUCUGCAUACAUUCAAGAACCUUAUUUUCAGUGUCCUUCACCAUUCUUACAGUCACAUCUGUCAUAUGAGGUCUACACUCCUGCCCCCACCCAGUGCUUACACAUCCUUUGAACACAGAUGUGAACAGCACCACGUAGGUCACCCUCUCUUAUUAAAGUUUGGACAAAACUGUCUGGGCACAAAUUAUUUUCCCAGGCAAAUAAAAAACGUCAAAGCAGCAAAACUUGAAGGUAACCCUGAAGGAGCUGGGAGAACAGAAGAUCUUUGCAGAUCAGUUUGAGGGCUCCUAUAAAAGUCUGUGGGUAACCAAUGUGGCACAAAAGUCAGAACAAAGUGUUGCUAGGCAAGUUUCCCAAACCCAAGGAGAUGAAGAAGAGGCAGUGCAAGGCUGCAGAAGGUGACAAACCAUUCUGUGGAACAGAACCACAGUGCAGGUUCCCUGCUGGAGCAAACAGAGAGCGGAGGGGGAAUUCACUGAUGAAACUUCCAUUUCUUUAGUGCACCCCACUCUCACUGCAAACCACAUUCCCUCAACUUCUGCUGCACCUGAUGUUAGAAACCCUGUUCUAUAUCGCAGUCAGCAGCUGUGGAAAUGAAGUCAGGAUUGUAGCCUGGAGGGCAUGAUUGAAUUGUGAGCACCCAAUUGUGCUCACUGCAGAGAUUCCAGUGGUCAGGCUCCAAGCAAGGAAUAACUAAUAGGGGAUAGACCAGUUCUUGAGGAAAAAAAGGGCCCUGCUUUCAUACACAUAGUAUUUGUUAGGAAGACCAAUGGAGGAGAAUAAGGAAAGUCAGAGGUGAAGCAGCGGAAUCCUUCAGGGCUGAAGGUUUUUCAGGAGAAUCUUUAAACUGUAAACAAAAUUUCAGAGCUGUUUGGGCUUUGCUUUUGCAGCCCUGGGUGGAAGUUUGUAGACACAACCCAAAGCAGGUGUCAGGUUUGCUUCAGCUUUUUCUUUGUCACUUCACCCUUAUUCAUUUGUCACUAUUUAUACCCUUACAGACGAUGUCCAACAUCUGUUACUAAACAGUGAAAGGAGAUAAAAACUUUAAGAAAAAAUUAACCCAAGAAGGAAAGCAAAUCAAAGCAAAGAGCAGAGGGGUGGUAAAUUAACAGCAGCUCUCCCCAGCAGGUGUCCACUCUGGAAGCUGCCAUGGGAGAUCUCAGCAGCAGCACCAGUGCCAGGAGACGGAUCCAUAGGGACUGGGGUGGCUGUGGGAGCGUGCAGGAAUCGUCCAGUAAAUUGAUGGGAAAAUCUCCCUCCCUUGGGCUGCCACAAAGAGAAAAUGUCAGGAGAAGGUACAGGCAAGUGGCAGAGCAGUGACCAGGCAGCAAGCAAUGCAGCUGCUGGGGGCUGUGUGCCCUGGCUGCCUCCUGGUGCUGCCCUCUGGCACAGGGCUUUGUUCAGACACAAAACAAACAAAUCCAUGAAAAUCAACACCCUCCCGCCCCCAAAACAGCAACAGAAAAGAACAAUACCCAAAUAUUUCCCCACAUACCCCACUGCCUUUGGGAUUUGCUUCCACAAGGAGUCCCUGCUACCCGUUGGGCAGCCGUUCCCUGGGCAGGCUGCUCCUCAGCAUGGUGGCUGGAGGGAUUCUUUUGUGUAUAGGCAGCAAGGGAUUGCUCUCCUUUCUCCCCACCUGCAAAAUUUAAGAACAGCUGCCAUCAGAACAGCAGUGUUUUUAAAGCCUUCCUUCACCCAGUGAAGAUUUUGCACAGAAACACUUGCCUCAUGGCACUGAGCCACGUUGCUGCGAGGAAAAGAGGUGGCCUGAGACACCACCGUUUUUGCUUUGAGCUUCCCUGUUUACUUCACAUUUGGGUGAGCACUGGGACACUUACAGGAGCAGAUUAAAAGCUGCACGUGAGGAGGAUCUGGGCACGAGGACACAGGUGUGUGCUGCCAUCCCAUCGCCAUUUGGGACACCUGUGGCAGCCCCACACCAUCUGGUGCAGGAGCUGAGCAGCCCUCGGCCCUGCUCUCCGGCUUGAGGUUAAUGCAAAACCGUGGGGUAGAAGGGAAUUGAAGAAUUAAAGACCUGCUGAUUUUGUAUGGGCGAGCACAAAGUCCUGCUCUGACGAAAGGCAGCGCUGCAGGAACAGCUAGGCUGAGCGCUGGAUGAGUUCAGAUUGCCAAGGAGAUUCAUGCCAAAUAUUUACCCUUUGGUGCGAUUAAACAACUCCAUCCAAAGUGCUGAAUGAAGGUGAAGUGCUUUUCCUCUGCAAACCUCAUUAUGGAGUCAACAUGCCUUCCUCUCCCCACUCGGCAACCCGGCCAGCAGGUUUGUUCCUUGUUACCUGCUGUUGUGAAUGAGGUUUGCUUUUGCUUGCUGUUUGCUCAUCCAUUUCAUGGGCUAACACUGUCGUGGGGUGGAGGGGGGGGGGAAGAGAAACCAUUUACAUCCUUGACAUCUUAAUUGAAUCUUUUUUAAAAGCUGCUAUAAUGCCCAGGGAGAGAUGGUCUGAAACACGUAUUGCAAACCCGUCUUGUGUCUCAAAUGGGCCCAGGCUGAGCUAGGACCACCUGUGCUGUGUUAGCACUCACAGCUCUGCUUCUGACUGCUUUUCUGCAUUUUACACACACUCAUUUCAAUUCAUGGAAAAGGGAGAACGGCCCACGUGGAGUGACUUUAUUAGAGCAGAGGCAAUUGUGGCAUCAUGAUCUGAAAACAGCGAGAAGCAGCUGGGGCCUGAUCCAAAGCCUUUAUCUUACCUCCUGAAAGGAAAGGAGCACAAAAACCACAGAACAGCAAGAUUAAAAAUUAGUUGCACCAUUAAUAAUGGACGGGGCACAGAGGGAAAUCCUGGGGAAAUCUCUUUAUAAGACAAUGAAUUCUGAGAAUUUUCUUCAGUGUGCUUCAAUCAGUUGUCCUCUUUUCUGAAGCUUCUUUCCCUAGUCUGAGCAUGAGAAUAUCUCAACUAUUGCAUGGUAUGAUUUCAAUUGGACUCAAAAACAGAUCUAAAAGCUCGAUUGUGAAGUUAUAUAUA